AUGACGGCUGCCUCCUCCGCCAUGGCAGACCUGCCCAAGGUCGAAACGCCCAGUCGACUACCGGAAUCGACAAGAUGGCUACACCAACCUGCCACAGCACUCUCAAUUCUGAACCGCAACAUCCUUCCCUCCCUAGGCCUUCACAACGGACUGAGCGUGAUUGCGUACGGCGUGGCACGAAGCACCAAUAGAGUUGAGAUUAAGGAUUACCUAUGGGCGACUGGCAUGGUAGCCAAUGCUUGGUACUCAGCAGUGGGCAGACAUGUCAUAUCAUCGGACAUCUCGUUCCUGGACUCUCUGUCGAAACUCAGCUUAUCGCAAAAAGCACUUCUCGGCGCAGUCACCGCCUGGGGCGGACGACUCACAUACCACGUCAUCAGCAGAAGCCUCCGACGCGGCAAGGACGACCCGCGCUACGAAGGCGUCAAGAACGAGCCUGGAUUCUGGAACAAAGCUUCCCUCCUCUUCGCGCUCGAGGCUGUCUUCCAGACCGUCAUCUCGAUCCCCUUCACGCUGCCGUUCCGUACCGAUCUCCUCUCUGGCUUCUCACAGGCUCCGGCGGAAUGGGCGGCGCCGCUACGCUGGAUUGCCGCUGGGCUUUUCACAACUGGCCUCGCCCUUGAGACACUAGCAGACUUGCAGAUUGAUUCGCACAAGAAGAGAGAGACGGCCAAGACGCAACAAGGCGAAGGCGGCGAACUAUGCAGAACAGGGGUAUGGUCCAUCGUCAGACAUCCCAACUACCUCGGUGACAUCCUCGUCCAUGCCGCAUUCCCGCUGUGGACGUACGGCUCUGGUUUGUUCCACGUCUCGCAUCUGCUUGGCUCUGCCGCGAAUUAUUUCUUCUUGCGGUGGAUCGGCGGCGAUCGGGAGAAUGAGGCUUCGCAGAGAGAGCGGUAUGCUAAAGAUGAUAAGGAUAAGCUGUCACAGCUCGAGCUGUAUCAAUUGCAGAAGCACAGUGUGUGGCCGUCGAUCUUCGAGCUGGGGAACCCAUGGACUUGGGUUGUGGCGGUCAUUGGUGCUGGAGGUGCUGCUGCGGAGUAUGUUUGGGAGUCGAGGCUGAUGGAUGUGGUUACUGGGGUCAACCCGAUUAAUCCAGUUGUUGGAGAGACCUUGGCGGCUUUGGAGUAA